CUCAUCCUCCAGGGCGGAGAGAGGUGGCAUUUGAGUCCUCCGGUAUCCCAGCAGGCAAUGCAGCCUAGAGAUGCUGACAAAGGACUGGAGGGAGCAGUCGCAGCUGCUUUCCGAGGACCCGGUGUUGCCGAGAUUGCCAAAAUGCUUUGGAGUUUUUAAGUGAUUUUAAGAAAAGCCCAAAAUAGAUUUGAGACUGUAAAAACUGAAGCCGCAGCAAGGGGGAUUCAGUGCCAAUGCAUCAACAAAAAAGACAGCCAGAGUUAGUGGAAGGAAAUCUUCCUGUCUUUGUGUUUCCCACAGAGCUGAUAUUUUACGCAGAUGACCAGUCAACACAUAAGCAAGUGUUGACGCUGUAUAAUCCCUAUGAGUUUGCCUUAAAGUUCAAAGUUUUGUGUACUACUCCAAAUAAGUAUGUUGUCGCUGACGCUGCAGGUGCAGUAAAGCCUCAGUGUUGUGUGGAUAUUGUGAUUCGUCAUAGAGAUGUUCGAUCCUGUCACUAUGGUGUGAUAGACAAAUUCCGUCUCCAAGUUUCCGAGCAAAGCCAGAGGAAGGCUUUAGGAAGGAAAGAGGUCGUGGCUACUCUUCUCCCGUCGGCAAAAGAACAACAAAAGGAAGAAGAGGAAAAAAGAAUAAAGGAACAUUUAACUGAAAGUUUAUUUUUUGAGCAGUCGUUUCAACCAGAAAACAGAACUGUCUCCUCAGGACCUAGUUUACUAACUGUCUUCCUGGGAGUGGUGUGUAUUGCAGCUCUGAUGCUUCCCACGCUGGGGGAUGUGGAAUCGCUGGUGCCUCUCUACCUCCACUUAAGUGUCAAUCAAAAAUUAGUGGCUGCUUAUAUCUUAGGUCUUAUCACAAUGGCUAUACUUAGAACAUGAGCAAGGAAUUCACUUGACUUCUGAAGUAAAUUUAUCUUGAAAAUAUGAAUGUGGACUGCCUUUUAUCUCUAUUUCAUCCCAUUAACAUGCUACAAACUAUUGAUUGAUUUACAAUCAUUGCAAAUGUAUAAUAUAUAUUUUAAAUUACUCUAUAAUUUUAUUCCAAGGACUCCAGCACAUUAUGUUACAGACAGCAAGGAAGCUUCUGAGUGACACUGAGGAAAUUUUUUGAAGAAAUUCUUUUUAUAUCUAAGCCUACCGUGCAAAAGACUUUAAUUAAGACAUUUGUUAUUUUCUCAUCUUUUUUCUAAUUCACUUUGAUUGUUGAGGUCAUGUGUCCUUCAAAGUUAAAGGCCUAAAAGAGCUAACUGACCAGCCUGAAAAUAAAAUUACAUUUAUUUCCUA